AUGGUCAACUUCCUCGCAGCCACCGCCUCCCUCCUCGCCUUCACGGCCACCACCACCGCGCUCACCAACUCUCGCCUCUUCGCACGUCAAAGCGAUGUAAGCUGCCGCGACUCAGAAACAGACCCAUUCAUCGCCAACGGCUUCGUCCCGGACGCCGUGGAUUGCAUCAACGAGCUCGCGGCGAAGGGCGGCGACGACUGUACAGCCGGCCUUGCCACCUCAUUCUGUCUUCGCGGCAACACACAGAUUACGGGUAUCUAUACUGCGGCGGCGUCUGGUGAGGACUCUGCUGGUACGACAACGACGACUUGCCAAGAUGUAGCACAAGCAGCUGGCCGUAUUAUGGACUUCUGCUCCCGCGGUGACGGAGCGGUCAAGGGUCAGACGCUCGCGUUUGCGAACACCCAGAUGCUCGUGGACAUCCGCUCGAUUGAGUAG